GCACAUGACUAGUGGUAUUGUAAAGAGCCACAACAGAAACGUUUGUGCUGUUGUACCGCUGAUAUUUCGUAUAGCUUAUAGAUAUUUCGGCGCCUUUUCUGUCGUUGGUUGUGUAAAGUUAUUUUUAUUAAUGAAGCUGCAGUGUUUAGCCGUUGCUCUGUGCUUCGGUGUGACUGUAAUGGCUGGGAAAUACUCUCGUGAAUUGAACGACCCCAAGCCCAGUGGCAGUGAUGGUCAGACGGUGGAGUUCAGGGUUGCUAAGCUGAACCAGGUGUGGGAAAAGGCUAAAAGGAUGCAGUUGUCCCCAGUACGGCAGGCCGAGCUGCACAGUGACCUGAAGAUCCAGGAGAAAGAUGAACUGCAGUGGAAGAAAAUGAAGGUGGAGGGGCUGGACGAAAAUGGGGAGAAAGAGGCCCAGCUCCGACGUAACUUCAAUGUGAUAUUGGCCAAGUAUGGAAUGGAUGGUAAAAGAGACACUCGACCACUGGAGAGCAACUACCUGAAGGACCACGAGACCAAAGAGGGCGACAUAUUUGAUGAUCCCAAGCUGGACAAACUCUGGAACAAGGCCAAGAGCUCAGGGAAGUUCUCCAAUGAGGAGUUGUUGAGCCUGAAGAGGGAGUUCCAGCAUCACAAGGACAAGAUCCACGAGUACAACAUCCUCAUGGAUACCAUCAGCAGGACCGAGGAAAUACACAAGAAUGUGAUCUCUCCCCUGGAGGGCGACGCCAAAGAGCAUGUGCUGCACCAGAAGCACACGGACCUGAAGCAGAAAAUGAGAGAUCUCAACCAGGGCUUAGAGCGCCUCCGAAAGCUCAGCCACGAGGGCUUCACUGAAGACAGCGAGUUUCGGGAGCCCCGUGUGAUUGAACUGUGGGAGGCUGCCAAGAGAGCCAACCUCAGCGAAGAUGAGCUGGACUCUCUCAAGGAGGAGCUUCGUCACUUUGAGACCAAGGUGGAGAAGCACAGCCAUUACCAGGAGCAGCUGGAGCUUUCUCACCAAAAGCUGCGACACGUGGAAGCUUCAGGAGACAAGGAGCACAUCAAGAGGAACCAGGAAAAGUACAACACACUCGCUGAGAAGACCAGGGAGAUGGGCUACAAGAUGAAGAAACAUUUGCAGGACUUGUCCAACAAGAUCUCUCGUCAGGGACUCGAGCACAAUGAGCUCUGAGAGGCUCGGAUCAGGAUGUCAGUGAAGGUUGAAUGAACUGAAAUAAUCUCUCCUACAACCACGUGGAUCGUAUGCUACUUUUCCACAUUCCCCUUCAACUACUGUAAAAAAAAAAAAACAAAAAAAAAAAACAAGGAAAUCAGUGUUUUCUACUUUUCUAGUAUUAUUAGUUGUUGAUUUGUUUAGAAAUUGCUGAAUGAAUGAAUUGCUUGUACAUAAUAUACAUAUGAGAGAUUUUUUUUUCUGAACCAGCUACACUUAAUGUUAUGACUAACUGUUCAAGUGGAAUGAAAAUGAAUAAUUGAAUGGUUUACAUACAUGCUGGUACUCUCUAGCAGCAUUUAUUUGUACGACUAAUGGCAGGUAGGUGUAGAAGAAAUGUCUGGCUGAAAAUGUGUCAGCACUCCCAAGAAAGCCAAGUUUUGUGGGGCGGUAUGUGAAAGAUGGACAGCUGCAGUUCUUCUUAACUAGAUUGAUGUAGUUUAGCUGCUGAGGAAUGGUUCGGGUCCUGGGAACAGCCACAGACUGUACUUUAUCCUGUAGGAAUAUUGGCACAAUGGUGGCAAGACAAUUUAUCCACACCUGUCUGUCAUUAGCUGUGCAAAUAAUGCAUGCUACAUCAGAUAAGCUGUUACUAAUGCAGUAACUGCUGAAAUAUUGUAAUGUUACUGCGGUUGUCUAAUUCAUAUAAAAAGAAGACUUGCAGAUUUAGGUAAGAAGCACUGAAACAUGAAAAUGUAACAGCAAUCUUUAAUAUUCAAUGUUGCCAACAACAUACAAACAGUAAUAUUUUAAAAAUAUAGUUUAAUAUCAUAUUGUCUUGGCAUAAAUAAAAGCAGUUACUAUUUACAAGCCCUGUAGAGGAAAGCAGUCCCUGUAGUGACAUUAACAGGCUAUUCUAGGUAAAAGGUCAGGUCUUUCUAACACACCGGUGGGGAACCGCCACCAUAAAAAUAAAUUGGCAUCAAAUACUGGACAAUUUGUCCUUAUGAUAUCAAGAGGGAGGUGAGAAAUUGGAACAGUUUCCAUUCGUCAAUUCCAGCCAUUUCACAGAGCAGAAGCAGAGACAUUGAUUACUGUGAUGAAUGAUGUCACUGGCUGGCUGACUACUCAGUCCUGUCCUGCAUGGGUCACAUGGGCCCGGAUUAAUGUAAUUUGCACCCAAGGUAUAACUCUAAGCUGUUUAUUUCAAUCAAAUGCUUUUAAGCUCUGAUGCGGAAUGAUAGCCAAGCAAGCUGGGACUCUUUAACUGUUGAUUGUAAGGGGUCAGUCCGAUGAGGGGGACGUGAUCUCAUUGUGUUAUCAUAUUCUGCUUCAACCCUGUGAUACAUUAUUUAAAUUUAGAUAAGUUUGUGACCUCUUGGUUAGAGAGGUAACAACAAAUGGAGUCACGCCCAAACAGUACGAAAUCUAUAACUAUCUAUCUAUAAAUCCCAUUUAUAAUAUUCGUUUUGUUGCCAUUCCCUCAUAAUUAAGGUAAUUUAUACCAAUGCAAUAAUCAUCCUGAAAAUAAUCUAAAAAGAGGCAGACCUCAGCAGACAUAAGUGCCAUGCAGCCAAGAGAAAUGCAGGACCGCGCUGAUUUAAGUACAAGUAUGAGAAAUUACAACACUAACCGAACACAAAAUGCAUCCAAGAUGGCAGCUGCAUAAGAGACUUCCCAGACAUUUCCUGUUUUCUUCUUAUUCUUAGUGGAAUGGAUUGUUGGUGGGAAUUUCUGUACACUGGCACAAUUGUGGGUGUGUUUAAGUACAACAGUGAUUGGUAUGAUGAUCAGCUGCAGUUGAGCGUUUUAGCUUAUUCAGAGAGAAACAGCAAUACAACAGAAAAAAACUUUUAAGUGUCAUCGAUUUGGGCGUUGCAGAGUCAGUUUGGUGGCCCUCGCCGCCUGCUCUCCAGCUGAGUCAGUCUGUCCUCCCUGCCCUGAACAUGCUCCGCCCCCACUCUCUGUGCUGUUUCCAUGGCAGUGAUGUCGAGGUGGGCGUACCUGAUGGAGCCCUCUUCUGGUCGGGAAAUCAGUGGUUAAAGGGGAGAAAAGAGAAAACAUUUAAUGUUUCUACUUUGUGGCAUGUGUUCUUUUAAUUCUUAAAAUUGUCACAUGCAGGAAAAAUGUGCAGUGACCUGUCAAUCCCUGAUAUGCAUUGUUCAGUUACUUGGACCCUGUAUUAACCUGAACCAUACACUGUUUGUACAAAAAUUUUCUUAGUGCUGGAAUGUAACUGUAUACCGCUGAUUUCAUCUGAUUGUAAAAAUGCAUAAAUUACCUUAAGAUGUUCUCUUUAAUAUGCCACCCGAGAAUUUUCAUACAUGUAGUUUGUUGGAAAUUGCUUUAUGUCACGGUUGCUCUAUUUUCACAAUCCAUAAAUGUCUGAUUUUACCACAUAGAUUAGGCUCUGAAUUAGCACUAAAAAUCUAAUUCAUGUGUCUUGUUUUAGAUGAAUAAAUUGUUUCUCCCCA